AAUGAGAAGAAUGCUCCUUACACUGGUGGUCAAUGAGGAAGAAUGCUCCUUACAUUGGUGGUCAGUGAGAAGAAUGCUCCUUACAUUGAUAGUCAGACGGAAGAAUGCUCCCUAUAUUGGGGUCAAUGGGAAGAAUGUUCCUUACAUUGGUGGUCAGUGAGAAGAAUGCUCCUUACAUUGUUGGUUAGAGGGAAGAAUGCCCCCUUACAUUGGUGGUCAGUGGGAAGAAUGCUGCUUACAUUGGUGGUCAAUGGGAAGAACGCACCUUAUAUUGGUGGUCAGUGAGAAGAAUGUACCUUACAUUGUUGGCCAGUGGGAAGAAUAUUUUUACAUUGUGGUCACUGGGAAGAAUGCCCCUUACAUUUCUAGUCAGUGGGAAGAAUGUCCCUUCCUUUGGUGGUCAGUGAGAAGAAUUCUCCUUACAUUGGGGGUCAGUGGGCAGAAUCCCCUCCAU